AGUUUUAGCGGCCCCGUGUCACUGCGGUUUGGUGACAGCCCUGGUGGUGGUGGUUGUUGUUGGUUGUUGUUGGACGGGAGAGUAAGGACCGGGAAGUUGGUAGCAGCUAGUAACGAGGCGCCAAAGUGCUUCGCGUGAAGUCACCGCCGCCGUCGUCGUUGUUAACCCGCCCUCACCUCGCCAAGUUGCCGCACAGAUCGAGCGAGGAGCCCCUGGUUCAGAAGGUAGAGGGAGACAGAGAGGGUUUAUAGAGAGAGACAACGACAACAAACAAUCACGCCGAUGCGACGGUAGAGGGAGACGGAGAGACGCGAGACUGAAAGGAGGGAAAAGCUAAAAUUAAUGAAAUAAAGUCCCCUCACCAACAGCCUAACAUGGCGGCGGUGGCUGCGCCCGUAACGCAGUACAGCGAGGCGUGGUAUCUCUCGUUGCUGGGCUUCGCCGAGAACUUCAGGACCUCGAGUCCACCUCGGAUCCGCCUCUGCGUUCACUGCCUCCAGGCCAUCUUCCACUUCGGUCCCGGGGCGCGGGUGGAGGCGAGGACUCACCUGCAGCUGGGCAGCGUGCUGUACCACCACACCAAGAACGUCGACCUGGCCCGCUCGCACCUCGAGCAGGCGUGGCUGCUGUCCCAACAGAUCCCUUCAUUCGAAGAUGUCAAGUUUGAAGCGGCAAGUCUGCUGGCCGAGCUCUACUGUCAACAGAACCUUGUGGACUCUGCCAAGCCGCUCUUGAGGAAGGCUAUCCAGAUUUCACAACAGACGCCCUACUGGCACUGCAGGCUGCUGUUCCAACUCGCCCAACUCCACACGCUGGAGAAGGACCUCAUCUCGGCCAGCGACCUCCUGGGCGUAGGGGCGGAGUACGCACGGGUGGUUGGCUCAGAGUACACGCGAGUACUGUUCCUGCUCAGUAAAGGUCUCCUGCUGCUCAUGGAGAGGAAGCUACAGGAGGUGCACCCCAUCCUGUCGCUGUGCGGCACGCUCGUGGAGGGCUGGCAAGGCAACCCCAUACAGAAGGAGUCGCUACGGAUCUUCUUCCUCGUUCUGCAGGUCACCCACUACCUGGACGCCGGCCAGAUGAAGAGUGUGAAGCCGUGUCUCAAGCAGCUGCAGCAGGGCAUCCAGACGAUAUCCACGCUGCAUGACGACGAGAUCCUGCCCACGAACCCAGCCGACCUCUUCCACUGGCUCCCCAAGGAGCACAUGUGUGUCCUCGUCUACCUGGUGACGGUCAUGCACUCGAUGCAGGCGGGUUACCUGGAGAAAGCACAGAAGUACACGGACAAAGCGCUCAUGCAGAUAGAAAAGCUCAAAAUCCUGGACACGAGUCCCAUCCUCUCCUCCUUCCAAGUGAUGCUGCUGGAACACAUCAUCAUGUGCCGUCUCGUCACGGGGCACAAGGCCUUGGCAUUGCAAGAGAUCUCGCAGGCAUGCCAGCUGUGUCAGCAGUCUCCCCGGCUCUUCUCGAAUCACGCCGCACAGCUGCACACGUUGCUGGGUCUCUACAGCGUCUCCGUAAACUGCAUGGAAAGUGCAGAAGCCCAGUUCACGACAGCACUCAGGUUGACGUCGCACCAGGAGCUGUGGACGUACAUCGUAACGAACCUCGCAAGCGUCUACAUCCGGGAGGGCAACCGGCACCAGGACCUGUACACGUUAUUGGAAAGGAUAAACCCGGACCACAACUUUCCAGUAAGCUCUCACUGUCUGCGGGCGGCAGCGUUCUACAUCCGGGGUCUCCUCUCCUUCUUCCAGGGCCGAUACAACGAGGCCAAGCGGUUUCUCAGAGAGACGUUGAAAAUGUCGAACGCGGAGGAUCUGAACAGACUGACGGCAUGUUCUCUCGUGCUGCUGGGGCACAUCUUCUACUCGCUGGGAAAUCACAGAGAAAGCAAUAACAUGGUGGUGCCGGCCAUGCAGCUCGCCAGCAAAAUCCCCGACGUGUCCGUGCAGCUGUGGUCAUCGGCUCUGCUCAGAGAUCUGAACAAGGCGUGCGGCAACAGCUUGGAGGCGCACGAAGCAUCGCAGAUGCAUCAGAACUUCUCGCAACAGCUCCUCAAUGACCACAUCGAGGCCUGCAGCUUGCCCGAGCACAACCUCAUUAACUGGACGGAUGGACCAUUCCCCAUGCAGUACCAGGCACAGAACGGGCCCAACACCAGCUUGUCGAGUUUGUUGUAGCCGGAUCCGGAAGGCGGACGAGUGGAGAAGGACAGGGGUGAGAAGAGACACAGGUGCUCAAAACAAAACAAAAAACUAAAAAAAUCUGCCACGAGCUCUCGCAGAGAGAGAGACGUCUAAGCGGACGCUGGUGGAAACUAGUGCCCCGCCCGUUUGGCGCACGAGCAACGCCUUGCUCUCAAGGGGGUGUCGGGACUCCCAGUUACGAGGGUCAUGCUGGCAACGGUGGUGACGGCGACAGUGGUGGCGACGGUGGUGGCGACGGUGGUGAUGGUGAUGUUGGAGGAUGGUGGUGGAGGAGCGGUCGGUGAUGGUGCGCGAGCGGCAAUGGCGGUCGUUUUGGCGCGCUCCACACCGCCACCGCCACCGGCGCGCCACGUAGAAAGGGUCUUGGCUUGUGAACGGAACGACAGAAAUAUAAAUAUAUAUAAAUUUUAUGUUUUAAGUUUAUAUAAAGUGCAGUACCAUUUACCCACUAUUUUUUUUUUGGCAAGUGUGCGUGUGCGCGGAUGGGGCUGGCUUUAACAAAGUUUUUAUAUUAAAAAAACGAAACGUAAAAAAAAAAGUGAAAAAUAAUUUAACCUAUUCCCCUUUGUGUCUCGUUACGUUUUUGUUUAUUUGUGCGCCCACCCCCUAAAUUUUUAACACUCAGUUAAGUUCUCUCCGUCGUGCUGCGCCGCUGUCUGCGAUUGGUUGGCACAAUUUGUCAAGGGAGUUUCCUGUUCUGUUUUUUUAAUAUAAUAAAUACGAGAUAGCUCGUUGAAGGUUUUACCCGCGUGGCCCCGGCUUGGAACAUUGUAUGGAGCACGGGGAAAAGCAAAAAAAAAUCACUUGCGGCGAGGACAUUUUAGCAAUCUCCGAGGAAAAGGAAGAGCGCACUGAUUCAUGCAAAGUUGGCGCUCAUUGCGACGUGCAAUUUGGUAUCGAUACCCUCGUCACGUUUUAAUCCCACGAUUUUCUGACGAUAUCUCUAGCUUUUUUUUACCAUAACAAAAAUCUGAACUAUCCGGCAACACUUUUGUUUGAUUCUCACGAUCCUAAAAAAUAUAUAUCUGCAAUGGCCUAUAAAAUCCUAAAUCCGACGAUUCUAAAUCUGAGCUCAUCCCCACUUCACUUGUGAUUACUUUACAAAAAAGCAAUCGUUUUUAACCGCCGUAGAAAACGCACGCAUUAAUCGCAACUAUUGAAAAUUCUUUCUUGCAUUUGACAGAAGCCUCGGACAUGAGAUCCCAUAAAUGUAUUUUAUUUUGCUAUCCAUAAAUAUUUCACUUUUGUGAGUGUGGAACAAUGAAUACAUUUUACUGUUUAUAUAAAAACAUCAAUUUGUUCUUUCACAAGUCUCCCUUGCAAGGGAAAUAUUCGUUCCUUUGGGCUGUCCCUCAUUAAAGAAACCCCUUUGUGUAUAAUACAGUAAGGCAGUCGUACUGUUACAGCUCACUUUAAGCAGACAGGUGUGUUUAUACAUCUCGUCCGUUGUGUGGAGUUGACCUUGCAGUGAUUGCCAUGCCAGACUGCCCCCAUUUGCCAAUGCACAAAUGCACACGUUCCAUUUGGAAGUAAUCAUUAAUGAACUGUAAUUGACAAAGCCAUCACUGGGCAGUUGAGCUGCACCACAACAGCGUGAAUGUUAAGUAAAACUAACUUUGUUGUAAAGGAUUAUAAACAAAUUUGGCACUAGAUUAAUGCUUGCCAAUUUUACAAUUGUUCCUGAAUUUAUUUAGGGUUUUUUUGUUUGUUUUAUAACUGAAAAAUGGAGAAAUAAAAAACAUUUUAAGAAAUAUGGACGAAAAUUGGAGGAAAUUCAGAGACGUUUGGAGAAUACCCGACAUUAGAUUUGGCCGCUAGUGCCUUCCACACAUUUCCAAAACUUUAAAAAAACAAGAUCACUCACGGGAAAAGCAACAAAGCGACCUGAGCUGUUGAGCUCCGAGCGGUUUGAGUAGCGAGACUAAAAGAGUUCGUCACAAUCGUGCACCAAGGGCGAUUGCACUUCAGGACUUUUGUCUGAUGUCAGUUUCGGGUCGUCACAGCCACAUCAACAUUUGUGAGACCUCUUUUGACGUUUCAACCCCGGGAUUUUUCUGGGCCCUCUGCACCCUCGUCGUUCAGUCCAGGAGAGUUGACCCCUGCAGGGAACCGUUGGUGAUUCAUUUAAUCAGUCCCAGGAUUCUAGUCAAAUGCGUUGAAAUUCUUAUCGGCAUGAGAGGCCCACCUCCGCCCCCCCCCACCUCGCGGCGAACUCCCAUCGGCCGUUCCGUUCCGCAGCGGCCGUUGGGAUAACGCGCACACAAGAGCGACGGGCCUUGCGUUUCACGACGGUCACUUGGUGCGUCAGACAUUCCCCCCGCAGUUGCCGUCUCGUUACGCCCCCCCCCCCCCACGUGCUCCAUGCAAGUUCCCCGUAGAAUGCGGGGGGACCCUGCAGUACACGUUAUUAUCUACUGUAUUCUGGUAAUACUUAUUAAAACACGUAAGCUCUGGACGAUUUUAUUUUACGUUACGUUUUUUAGUUCACGACAUUUGCAUGCACUUUCCAUUGUAUAGUUAUUUUUUUUUAGAGAAAUUCACUUAACGUUUGUACAGGCAGCAGUGUCUGUUGCAGGAAGAGGAGGUGUCUGUGUUGUGGGUGCCCUGGGUUUUCAAGGUGGCACAGUCGGGAGCACAGGUGGUGCAUCUGUCAUCUCAGUUGACGCAUAACACCUUGGUCUGUCCCGUCACCUCCUAUCAGCGAGUCUUCAACACUUCACAUGGCCUCACGGUGCACCUAGCCUGGCAUAAGCGCUGUGGUGACGUCAUCGCCACUUAGGGACGAACGUGGCUGUUGGGUUUUCAUUUCCAUUCACGAGAGUUUUAAAUAUAACUAUAAGCCUUGCAUUGCCACCACCCUGUUUAUUAAACCCCUAUCUGGCUGGCGAUCGUCAGCUGGGAUCCGAUGUUCGCAUUGAGGAGCGUCCUGGAACAUCUUGGUAACCCGCCAAAUCUCAAAAGUCGGCUUUUGUCACGGGUAGGCAACGGAUAAAAUUUAUGACAAAAGUGGAAUUGUUAAGUUCCCUUGUUUGUCCACCUGUGGGCAGAUUAUACGAUCAAAUAAUCUAUCACGUGGAUUGUAGAUUGUUUCGAUGGAGUUAGUGUGGGUUAUUAAAAAUAAAUGCACGCGGGUUAACAGCUUCUUCCAAGACACCCCCUCAAUUGACGCGAAUCAGGUUCCGAUUCAAUUCACAAAUUGAUUCUGAAACGUUUCGGUGAACGGUAGCGCCUCCCAAGUGGCUGCAGUGGUGCGACGCAAACCCCCUGACGUACAAGUCAAAAUGCGAAUCUGAAAAACAUCGAUGGUUAUGCCCUUGCGAUUCUGUGCGUGUAAGAAUCGAUAUUGAUCCGUAAAUGAUGCCUCAUUCCACCCCAAGUGGUCAUUGAUGUGGAGUUGGCACAUGCGUUGCCGCGCGUGCCCGCAUCGGCAUCAGUUCCAGCCACCUGGGUUCUAACCCUGACUGCCAUUCACAGGGUCGACAGCAAGUGGCGUUUAUGCCCGUUUUGGGCUUCCCCUAGGUCCACCCAGCCUUAAACGAGCGCCCGUUCCAGUUUGUAGACAUCCGCAGCAGAGGGAAACGAAAACAUGCAGGCGUUCGUGCGCGCAUGGUGCUGGCAGCAUCACCACCAUUACGUUUGCGCCACGCAGGCCUUAAUAGGUGCUCGCUAACAGCAAUCACAGCAGCAGCCCCGUGCGGCUGAACUCGGUUCACGUGCAACUAACGAGGAAAUGUUUUUUUUUUACGUUUUUCAGUGUUGGGAAGGACGACGGGCAGUUGUGUAAAUUCAUUCGGCCUCAUAUAUAAACGUAAACCAUUGCAACGCAAUAUAAAAAAAAAAUACCUUUUUAUUCUACCAGUUGGUAAGCAAAACGGCCUAAAGGUCAACAACCGUCACCCAGGGUUUGACCUCCCUUCCCGAAGUCACGAGCUCAGUGGUUCUUCACUAUCACCAGCUGGAAAUUGCCUCUGCGGUUGGAAUUGCAGCAACUAAAUGUAAAAAAAAAUGUACACGAAACGUAAUAUAAUUUAGGUUGCAUGGCCGCGUGCUUGUGUUUACGCCCGUCCACGCGCACGUACAUAUAUUUUUUUAAUUCCGGUGAAGUCACACUCUCUCCGUUAACACGCUCCGUUUUGGGUCCGGGCGUUCACACGGCGUCUCGUUCACAUGGACGGAGCAGCUGCCGUUCACCUCCGCCAGACGGCCCCCUGUGCCUACCGCUCGUUAGCUCCGCAUGGUAGGGGAGAGGAGGGGGGGCCCCGAGCGGGUCGAUUUGUAACAACGCGGCCUUUGACUUGCCGCACAGCGGUCACGGGUGUGUACCUGUCUUAACAACCCUUAGAGGGAUGAUGGGUCGCGGCGGGAUUUCGUCUCCGUUUGCCUUGUGAGCUGCGCGCCGUGUGCUCCGCGGCCCUGGGCCCGUAAGAUUCCACGUUAAGUUGCCGGCGCGUGUGCGGCUCGGACGCCGCCGCUGCGCCCUCACUUUGGUUAAAUCGCCGCUCGAAGAAUGUCGCAUGCGAGAGACCCUUUCCCGUUUCUGAGACGUCUGCAAGUUGCAGAGUGUGUGGGUCCCAUUCGCAGCAGAAUCUCGGAACGUGCAAGCGGUUCGGCGUUGAUUUUGUCAAGAGAGGCGUAGCGGCGCUUGUUUUUAAAGGCAUUGUACUCACCGCAGAGAACUAUAGCGACACGACCGCAACUCUACGAUAGCUGACGCCAAACUGUGCCAUGCGCUCUCCGGCAUGGGCCUUAUACUUAUGAUUCCGAUGACGGAUGCGAUUCCACGUCUGGAAUUGUUUCCGUCAUCGGAACGCAAUCCGAAGAAAAACUGAUGACGUGUGCCAUACUUAUGUCAUCGGAACGGGAAAGGGUUAAUACGGUAACGUGCGUACGUCUUGUGUACCGUCUGGGUGGAGCGGUGGCGCAGUGAUUACUGCGCCGCGCUAUGAACUCCGGUACCUAUAACCUGCGUACGUAUUCCCAGACAAUGCUACUAACGUCAGCGGCGAGUGACAUCUUAACCAGUCCUGGGUUUCCCCUUUUUUUUUUACCUUCGCAAAGUGUGGUAAAGUAUGGUCAAACGGCUCCUGUUCUUGUCACGGUGUGGGGGCAGGCCCUCAGCCCAGCAGUGGAUGUAACACAGUGCUGUAAAUUAUUCGUUUUUAUGAAUCGUUUCAAACUCCAUUGGGGUUGACGUGGCACCUGACUCGCAAUCGGGCAGUUGUAAGUUCAAAUCUUGGUCCGAGGGGUCGAUUUCAGCCCAUCAUCCCUCCGGGGUGGGGGGUUUAUAAAAUUCGGACCACUUUGUUGAGCAAACAGUAUGGAUAUUGCCAGCCCAUGCUGCCUGUAAUAACAAAUAUAUUUUCUUAUUUAAUUGUUUAGUUUUAUUAUUAUUAAACUGGUUAUGGUAAGAAUUCAUUCUAAUUAAAACUCAUCCUCUUUCUGUUUUCUCUUAUUUAUGUAUGUGUGUGUGUAAUUUGUGUCUUGGUGUACAUACUGUCCCAAUGUAUAUAUGUGUCUGCACAUGUGUGUUUCUAUACUUCUGUGUACAUACACACACGUACGUGUAUAUGUAUUUAUGCUGUAAAUAUACUGUGUAUAUAUGGUGGACUUUACCAAUCGGUUAGACAAAUUUUUUUGCUAAAUGCAGAAGAUUUUGUGUAUUUUUUUCUGCCAACUGUCUCUUUCCAUUAACAGAAUUAAAUACGUCAUUUUUUAUUAUUACUCCUGCUGACGGAAGGUAGCAUAAUUCUUUAAUGCAGUGGGCAUCGCUUGAUAAAAUAUAAAUGCCUUUGAGGUGGCUGAGUGUUGAGUUGGCACCUUUGAGAUUCUAGGUAAAAAAAAAAAAUCUGGGUUUCAGCUUCUGCAAUUUGAAGCGGGUUCUCGAAUGUAGAGAUAUGUUGGGCUCAGUGUGGUUGCCGGAGACUGCAGGAACAAAAAAUAAUCACAGAUUAAGCCAAUUGAAAGUCAUCGGUUUGACUUGUCACGCAAUGAACCGUUGCUCUAGCGGGGCGCUUGGGAAAGCACAGCAGACUUCGAGUGGAGAAUACAUUUCACCGGAAGGGAUCUCGGAAGUAGUUCUUUAAUAUCUCCUUCCGCAUGAUAUGCGCUGCUCUUGAGAGUUGUUGAAUUGAUGCCUCGCCCCAGACGUGUGAAAUCAGUAGCCCGAUAAUACUGGGGGGGGGGGGGGGGGAAACAUGAUUUGUAAAAAAAAAACUUUAGACUUCUCAAAUUGUAAACUUCUGCGCGUGCGUAAGACAGGAGAAAGUCCGAUUGGAUUAUCUUUUCAAAAUCAUUGCGCAUCUUGGCACAGAUGUAGAAAGUUGAGAUGGGGGGGAUUCUGCCAAAAACACCUUUGGUACCUGGCACGUUAAUGUGCGGUUGUGUUUACAGUGGGCCUGCGUUUGAAUAAUAAUCUGCCGUUAGCAAACGGAUCCGAUAAUAACCUUAGUAUUUAUAUGACCCAAAAAAAAACACCUCCUCCAGAAAUGAGAAAAGCACAUGGCCAUUAAAGUUGUGUUGACUCACCUUCCGCUCGGGCAAGGUUGUUUUUUUUUCUUCCGCUGGAACAAUUCGCGGCGUGCGCGCGCUUGCCUGAACGCGCCCGCACGACGGUCGAGCAUCUGAGUGGGGAAGGCGGGGGUGGGGGGGAACUCGCGCCGGGCAUUUUGAUAUUUCAGCACUUGAAUUAUUAGAAAGUGUUUACGUCUCUCUUGGGAGGACGGCGAAUUUUUAAAAUCCUGCUCGAGGGAGAUCUCUCCUAUCGCAGGAGAAUUCACCCGAGGCUCGCGGAUUCUAUUCAGUGGCAAAACAACGCGACAGAGCAACACGCCGCCCAUGCCGCUGUGAAUUACCGUUCACAGCGGGCGCCCCGUUAGCCAGAGGCUAAAAUUAAAUUCUGAAAACGUCCUUCCAAUGGCUUAUUCGUAUCACGGGGGUAGACCCAUCCCGGUUGUGGAAUCGUCAUGCCAGCUUUGAAAACACCACGCCCACUGCUGGAUUGAAUGCCCCCCCCCCCCAAACCCACCACAAGCUGUCACGAUCAUCUCUCAGUCUUACAAUGUAAUGAUCCUCCUGGCGCGCACCGCUAACACGACCUGCUUUCACUUUCGUCGCUCCAUUUCCGAGGUGGAUAUCCUCACGGAGGCGCAUUACCUCAACCCAUGACCUCCGGUCACCGCGUUGCGAGCUUUCAGAGGCACUCUUCUGCGGCCGUCUGGAAUGCCCUUCCGAUAUCAGGAAGCCCACUGGAGCCUAUGCACUUUUAAAUCUAGAUUGAAAGAUAAUUUCUUUAGAACUGCUUUUUGUGUUUAGUUUGUUAUCCUUUCCCCCCGCACCUCCGAUUAGCACGGUUGGCUACGUCGGGUGCGAAAGAAGUUCAACAUGCACAACAAUACGUACAUCGCCAAUCUCCACCUCCAGCCACCGCCCUUUCUCGUCAUGAUGCCCUGCCCAAGCCCAGUCACUGUCUGCGACGUGCGUUCCUCUUCGUGUAUCCUGGCGUACCACCGAGCGUGCAUCUCUCCGUGCUUUUUUGCACGAUUUUCACGUUGUGUGUUCUCUUAUCCUCGUCUCGGUGCCCAUGGUUUUCCGAUCCCGUGUGUCGUAGCCGGCAAUGAACACCGGCGCACGGCAGCGUGACGCCGUACGCACGCACGGACGAACCAACAAACGAAUCGGCAGCGUGCGAAGCGAUCGUGGGCAUAGCAUAUCUUUUCAUCCGAAGCCAUGAAUCAUCAUAUCCCUUUAAAAUAAGACUCCGGGUGUCCUCGGCUCUCAUAUGAGUUUAAAUAAAGGUCAUCUAUCAUCUAUCUCAUGUAUUCAUGCUGAAUGUCAACUGACAAUUUGCCACUCCGUCAGUCUAAUUUUUAACGACUUCCAACAGUAACGACGCGAUGGUUAUAAAUGGCACGCAGGCUGUCGCGUUCCGUUUUUUUUUUGCGCGCGUUAUCGUUUUUCCCCUGUGUGCUUUGGCAGCUUUUACCCCGUGGCUCCCAGAGCAAAAGGCAACAAUCGCUGGUCGGGAACCACUGACCCAUACUAAGGGAAUAACUUUUGCUGUGAUCAGCAAACACGGCUCGAUCGAGCUCGCUGUCUCUCUCUCUCUCUUUCUCUCUCUCCGCCGUCUUCUCGAGCUGUGGUUGCGGCCGCGUGCCCUUUCUGCGCGGUGUCCCGACACUUUCGUGCAACGUGCUGGCGGUUUGGGGGGGGAACCCUUUGGAGCUUCUUGCGACAACUGAAAUCGCCGCUUCCUGAACUCGCUGCCACCACGUGGAGCGGGAACGCCGGGACGAUCACGGACUUUUUUUUUUUUUUUUUUAAAUUGCGAACGGCAACGCCAGCUCGGCACGACCCGAGAACGCGUUGGGAGAGAGUUGGAAGAUGGCGGCAGCGACCGCGGGAGGACGUGUGUGAUGUUUUGGGUCGCUGCGCCACAAACCCAGCCGAAUUCACGCCCCCUCGUUGGGAUUCCGCGUCGCCUCUGCUCGUUUACCGUUGCCAAGCGGUGGCGUCGUAUUUCACUUUGUCAACGUUUGCAGCGACGACGACGACGACGACGAUAAGAAAAAAGCCAAAUAGGGAAACGGGCUAAAUAAAAAUAAAAAUGUAUACGCGCGAGAGAAAAGAAACGGCCAUUAUUUUUUUAAGAGAUUGUUUUAGGGGGGCCCUAUAAGUGCGCAAACGGAAAUAAAAUGACAACGCGCACGAAAGCUCAAAUCUGAAUAUUCGUCGGCAAUUUUGGGAUCGGUUGCCUCCAGUUUUGCAGUGGCAAAGCGCGCAGUGAAGUAGGAACAGGAUAACAAUCGCAUUGAGAAGACUCGUUCAGAACAGCGAAGCAGGGCGGGCCGAGCGUCGCUGAUAAGAGUGGGGUGGCUGCUUUUAACGCUUUGUUUACGUCGGAAGGUCUCGGGGGUUUUUCUUUCUUGUAAAACUCCCUCCAUCAUCAUUCUCUCCCCGGCCAAGUCCUCGGCGCGCAUGACAGACGGCGCACGUUAACCCGUCGCACUGGAUUUUUAACCAUUGUGCCAAUCAAUCGACUGCUGGAUGAAGGCUCCCCGCUCCACCCAUCCCUCCCCUUCCCCGCACUGUGGCGGAUGUUUGGCCGUAUUCCACCACGCUGCGCAUCGCGGGUCGGUGAAGGCGGGGAGCAUAGUGCAGUACAACAAAGUGUUUUAUGUGCACUGCGCGGUGCUGCUCAUAGCGUAGCCUUUGCAGCAGCAAGCAUCCUGUAACCACUCGUAUGCAUGGCAGUGGCCGCCCAUCCAAGCAUUAGCCAGGCCCAAAAUUCUGCUUGGCUUAGGAGAUCUGACGAGAUGGUCUGCGUUUCAGGUGGUUUGUCCGUAGGGGUUAUACUAUAACAUCCGACGUUGCGAUUGAAACUCUUGUUCCUGCUGUCUUCGUUACUCUCUAUUUGAAUCACAGAGCAGUGUUAUUUUAGGUUGUGCAAGAACGCAGCUCCUUUUACUUUCACAGAGACGCUUUUGAACAGUCCCCGUAGCGUCAUGUUUCUAAUGCAAUAAAAUAACACUGUAGGGUUACAGCUCUUUUGUCAAUCCACCGCUGGAUGAAAGCCCUCCCCAGGCCGACUUGAGUCACGGGGGUUGUUUGACCAUACUUCACCGCGCUUGCCGAAAUGAGGGUGCCAGGAACUGGUUCAGGUAUCGCUCGCCACCGAUGUUAGGCACGGCCGGGAAUCAAACUCAUGUGGCCGGGUUUCAUAUAACGCAGUGUGUUAAACGCUUCGUACGCAAAACGCACACAACCACGCACAACCACACAAUCAUAUGCAUACAUAGAAGAAACACACACACACCCAUGCAAUCACACGCAGAUGCAACGACAUCCAUACUCGCGCAUGCAAUCACAUGUGCGCACACACGCCCAUGCAAUCGCGUGCACACAACACACACUUAACGCCUAUGUUGUUGGUCAGAGCAGAGCUUGCAGAUCUGGAAAUAUUUUCUCCACGACAUUCGACUAACACUUUCACUCGAACCCCAGAAUGCGAGAGUGGUCGCCUAAACGGUUCAGUUACUCUCUCUCUCUCUCUCAGGGUGGGCUGGGAGGAAACUGGGAUUCUUCAUUUGGAGAUUUAACUAGUUGCUCUGUCUCGUGCUCGUGACGCCACGUGAAUUUCCUUCCCGGGUUGAAGUUUGCUCGCUGAACCUUGAACCUUGUGUCUGGAAACCAAAGGUCCAAGGGCCAUGUCUGUAGUGACAGCUCAGCUCUGCCUCGGCUUCCAAAAAUAACGGCUCGGCCGUGGCUCCGGCUCGACUUACGGAUAUCCUGAGGCUGCCCGGCUUGAGUUAUUUAAGCAUGGCUCUGCGCCGCCUACGAUAUGAGCCCAGAACCCGAGCCUGAGCUGAGCCGUGACUAAGAACACCGGCCUCGGGAUACGUGGGUUGCCGUACAUUGCAGCAAAGGGGUCGUCCGGUUGAAAAUGUGACCGUCUGUGACGUUUUGAAAAAAAAAAAAGGUUUAAACUGGAGGGCAUUUCCAACCCGCUGUCGAGUAGCCUCGCUCCGUUGGGCGAGCAGAGUCGUCGUGUGUGCGUUUGCCAGUUGAAUACAUUUCUUGGAUCACUCUCCCGCGUAGGAGCCCGCUGUGGCAAGGCAUGGUGCAGUUGCUCCCUGCUCUGGUUUAUGAACGAUGUAAGUAAUAGGGAUGAGAUAUUUAUCGUUGAUGCUGUCCCGUGGUCACUACAUGAGCGGGGGAGUGUGUGGCGAUGGCCACGCAUCGCCGAUUGGCAUUGGAACUCUGGGGGCGGGGGGUGGGGCAGCCAUGGGCUAAGGCUGGCGGAGAACGGAUUAGUGCUAAACUUUAUGCUCAGAUGUAUUUUCUUCUCAUUAUUAAAAAAAACCCGAUUUAAAAAAAGUAUAAAAAAAUGAAUUGCACAAAGGUAAUUGUGCGUGUACAUAUUCGAGAUACGACGUCAAAUUUGUAAUUGUUUAUAGAUUUGCCUGAGUUGUAUAGUACAUGUUGCAGGAUUUUUGGGGGGUACCUCUAGCAGGGAAAGGGGUAUUUGGUUAGGUUAUGGGUGGGGGGGGGGGGCAGGUGGGCUAGGCACACUGGGAUUGUUUUUACUUGUACAAACUAAAAAAAUCCACCCGAAUCCAGGCUUGCGUUCAAGAGCCUCUCGAUCUGCCCGGACGUCUGUCAUGUACAGGAUUGAAACGGCACGCCGGGCAGCUCGUGAUGUUUGUUUAUAUAAUAAUUAGUCUAGAGACUGUGUUCAGGUGCGCUCGACAAACACAAAUAAGCGUAACGCAAAAGGGGGGGGGAGGUGUUAUUUUUUUGUCUCUUGAACACCCACGUGCUUACGGCUGUUGUAGCGUGAAGCAACUUAGCGUUGGUAUUUACAAGUCUAGUUUUGAGCAGGUGCUGCGCGAUCCGAUCCACGCACUCUGGCUGGUGGAAACACAAAAAAAAACCUCCGCCACGUGCGUGAAUUGAACGUCGCGGGGACGUCGCUACCGCGGGUGGCAAGAGAGACCGCGCCCGCGCUUGUGCCCUGGCGAGCGCGGACGCUGGAAACGCUUCUCCACCACCGUCAUUAUCGCCGCCUUACAAUGAAACAGUAUAUUUAUAUAUGAAACGCCUAUAGCAAUUCACUCUCCUGCCGUGAUGUAACGGUCAGCACACUGGACUUGCAAUCAUCGCAGACGUCGCCGGUUGAAACAUUGGGGCCGUUUCUUUAAAUGCUCCCCCCCCCCCCACCACCACCUUUCCCCGCUUCUGUCCACCCAUGGUGCGCGGUGGGGUGAAUUGUGAGCAUUCUCACAUCCUCGGUGACAUCUGGCCAGCGUGGAAGAGUAGGCAAAAUUCUCCUCGAGAGGGGCUCCUCUCUAGAGCUCCUUCUCGCGUUGAGGCCCUUCCGCCAGCUUUGGUGUGAGCGAGCACUUGCAGGGCUGCGCUUUCACCUUUUGUCAAUCCACUGCUGGAGCUGUUGUCUCUCUGGCAAUGGAUCUUCUUGGCCGCCUACUCCUGAAGAAGAGCCCCCGUCCGGCGCUACACCGCAGAAUUUCACAUCUCUGUUAAAGCUGGCGUCAACGAUGAUGGUGGUGUCGGUGUCGGUGGUGAUGGUGGUCGUGGUGAUGACGUUUGUGCGUUUCUCACUCCACGACAUUAACUACGUGGGUGGGGUGAACACCCAACCCAAAAUAACCGGCAGUCAUCACCGCGUGAACUGGCUUGACCGUGACCGACCAUCUAAUUGGUGAACGCAAUUAACCAGCGGUGCGCCACAGCUAGUUUGUGUCAUCCCCCCCCCUCCAUCCCACGUUGUGCUGCGGUGACGCAACCACAGGCGGCUACAACGCUGGGGCUCCGUGGGAUGAAACGUUUGAGAGCCGUGGGCCUGCACCGCGGUUUGCGUCGACAGCGCUCGUCCCGGUGGACCGAUUGGCUCCUGCCAGUGGUGGACAUUCCACAUUCCUAUGGCAGGUGCCAGUAGAUCCAUUGGAAGACAGCUGUUAACUUACCAGAAAGCGUUGACUCGUUUUAGUCUAACCCGGAGGUAUGAAGAUCAAAUUUUGCCGCCCCCCCCCAAAUGGGAUUUAAACUCAACCAUCCAAUUAUUAUUACGCUUGUUCAUCAAGGGAGGGCCUCACUGAGUCUCGCGACUCUUUUGCAGAAGGGUCCUCUCAGUUUCGCGGUGUUGCGGAGACGGAUGCUGCUUCGUGUUAUCCCCCCCAGUUGAGUAAUUAGCGGCGUAACUUUUCAAAUUCGGACCCCGACGCCGGACCAACGCAGUGGGCCUCCAGAGUCUUUGCGAACGACCUCACCGGAAUCGGCAAGGUUCCACCACGGGAUGCGAGUGGCCCCCCUUUUUUUUUUUUUUUUUGAAACACACGGUCGGUACUAACUGCCCCCCGCGGCGUUAACCCAGGGCGGCUACCGCCGGAUUGCGCGAACCGGGCGCUCUUAACACCCGCGCGGCGCCACCGUUCACAUCCACUUAUCGUCGUUUGUUGCCCGGAGACGAACGGUCAGCAAGCCAACGUACCCCCCCCCCCCCCCCCCCCCCCCCCACACAAACCCACCGUUGACGUCCAGUAGAUAGCGUGACCACAUACGCACGCACGCAGGGCUUUGUGACUUGCAGAGAGAACGAGGCUUAGGGUUCGCUCGCUCGCGCGUGUGGGAUGCCCCAACCAGGCCUCGGUGGGCCCACCCAUCGUUUUGUAAUGGCAAACGAGAUGAUGAUGAUGAUGAUAAUUAAUGAAACAAUUUUUUGUACGCUAAGGGGUGGUUAAACGAUUUCAACAAAACGAGCAAAAACAGGCAGACGAUGCACGACUUCACCUCGACUUUGCUAAGUACAUAUUAUACUGUGUGUUGUAUUUUUAAAAAGGCUGUUUUCAUAAUAUUUGUAGUUUUGAGUGAUUGUCGGACAGCCUAUGGAAAGUAAAUAAUAAUAAGAUUCACUUGUUAACACAAGCAGUUAUAUACCUUGAGCCUGUGUGUUGACGUGUGUGUACAUAUACAAGUCCGCAAAUUCGUUAGUACGUCAUUUUAGCACCCUAUGUUUAUUUUUCUGCUUGGUUUACUGGUUUUUUACCUUUUUGAGGUGUCUCUUUUUUUCAAUAAACGUACAAAACAUAA